AUGGAUUCUCAGAACGACCUUGCUUUGUCAGCACAAGAUACUAGCGACUUCAUCAACAACCCUCUCUGCGAUCAUCACCUGCAGAGUUCGCCGAGUGUUGAGGAGAUGUCUUUCUUCAAUACUGAUGCCACAAAGAACAACCAGCUAAACUUCUCUCUGGAAUCAUUAUUAGACAAUUACCCCUUUGGACCACCUAUCAAUCACGCAUCCGAUGAACCCACUAUGCAGGACAUCAAUGACCUGUUCAAUACAUCCAUAUCAUCUGAUUAUCGGUCUUCAUACUCAUUAUCGAAUGAACCCUUCAGACUCGAUGGCGAUGUUGACUUGCCUUUGCUGACCGAGCCUGCGCCAUCUACUGGUAUAGCAUCUGUGAUCGACAUGUUCCCUGCACUCGAAGCGUGGCCUAUUUUUGAAUGCGAUCCUAUCAUGCAAACGAAUCAAUGUCCUACCACUGCAACUGACCAUUUGCGAAAUCUAUACCGUGCCCUUGGCGACCAGGAUAUCUGCGGUAAAUCUAACUCGCAAUUGACUUAUGCAGCGAGCAUCGAGCCGUUCGUCUCUGGCACACGAGACAAGCUCAUUGCUAUCGUGCAACGCUUCUCUGACAAAGCGCAGCGGGUACAUGGCCUACUGAGCUUGGAGCAAGAGAGUGGUGAGAUUAAGGCUCCGUUCUGCUUUACUCUUCCUGCCCCACCUGUGCUAGAUUCACGACUAUCAGCCUGCCAUGGAUCAUACGAAAUACACUAUCCCUUUCUUUCUGCUGUGGGGAUGAGAACGAAUGAGCUACUUGAUAAAGGCAGUGAUCAAGUCAUCACAAGCCUGAAACUACUUUUGAUGAUGGCUGCUGGGGCAAUGACACCAGCAGCUAGUCAUACUCAUCGGCUUGCACAUGGGCUUCUAGAGAUAUGUCGGGUGUUUCUAUCUCAUCUUGUCGAGGAAGACAUGAGACUUGCCUCGAACCCGGAUCUGCUACAAUGUGCUUUAGUUUUCAACAUUAUUGCGGCAUGA